CGCGUACAUUUUAAAAACCAUUCGCAUUCUUAGUUUUACUUUCUCCGCAAUCGGGCCAAUUCGACUGUACGGUUUUCGUAAUUCGUUUAUUUACCUAUCAUUUUUCUUUUGUUCUUUUACGUAUACGCGAGUAUAUUGAUCGUUUCGAUUUGACCGCUCUUUCGAGUGAAUUGUACGUAUUAAUUGACGCGCGAUCGGUGUAUUAAUUCGAUUCUGAUAUGAGUGAACCUGUAGUAUUCGAGUCUUUAUCGGACAGAGUUAAUAAAUUCAACGAAAGAGUAAACAAACACAUCGAAAGUCAAACUUUGAAUCCAUUUUCGGGCAGCUUUAAGCCGGGGUCCAGAUCGCCUUCUCCUAGGCCAUCGUUUUCCAAAGAUGAAUAUGGAAAGCCAAUUGCCGGCUCGAUGACAGAACAACGAGGUCGUAAAGCACAUACUCAUAUAUGUCGUGAAAUCUUGGAACUAUGCGAAAUAAUUUACGAUAUGGGCCAAUACCAAGCGAAAUACAGAGAAAAAGACGACGACGAAGAUGAACCGCAGCAAGAAGAAGAUUCGCCAGUUAUUGUCAGAUUCGGAGAUUUAUUCCAGAUGUACACGAAAAUCUCAGACAAAUGCGUUGGCCUAUUGAUAGCAGCGAAAAAACGAAAACUCAUAUACUUCGAAGGAGAAAUAUUAUUUCAAAGACGAGAUGACGACGUUUUAAUCGCUUUAAUGAAACCGAUCGAAGAAAUCCGAGCAAUUUUACAACAAGAAGCACCCGACUUGAUCCCUCGCAACGUGCCUGAAAACGAGCAACAACAACAACAAACAAAUUCGUGACAAUUUUGACGACGUCGAUGAAUUCAAUUCGCAUCAUACCUAUAGAAUUUUGUGCGGUGUAUAAUGAGAUUGAUUCCGGAUACCAACUGGAGAAGCAAUUUCGUGUAAAUGUGUUCAUAGGAUGUUUUAAAAUUCAAACAGGAUUUCGCACGUGGAAAGCUCGUCCGGCUUUGGAGAUAUUUUUUUUUUCAAUUCCCUUGAAUGCUUUUACUGUUUUUGUAUAGUUUUUUUUCUUUCUUUCUUUCUUUACGAUUUGCUUUAGUUGUUAAGCGAUGAUUCGAGCAUAUACAUUUCCAUUGUUAGUAGAUUAAAUUUUUCAGUUAUAUUUGAGAAUAGAAUUUUUUUAAGAAGCGA